AUGUGGCUUUUGAAGUUCGACCAUGGUGGCCGCCUAGUCGUGUCCAAGAACUCCGUCCAGAACACCACUUGCUAUGCGAUACUUUCUCACACUUGGGGAGCUGAUGAUGACGAAGUCACUUUUCAAGAUCUACAAAAUGGAUCUGGAGAGAGCAAGGCUGGCUACGAGAAGAUUCGAUUUUGCGGAGAACAAGCCAAAAGGGAUGGCCUAGAAUAUUUCUGGGUGGACACAUGCUCCAUAAACAAAGCGGACUUCACUGAGCUCUCAGAAGCUAUCACCUCGAUGUUCCGCUGGUAUAGUGGAGCAGAGAAAUGCUAUGUAUAUCUAUCCGACGUAUCAGUCGGCGACGAUGCCGAUACCCCUACCGAUCAAGCGUGGGAACUAGCGUUUCGGGACAGUAAAUGGUUUACACGAGGGUGGACGCUUCAAGAACUGAUCGCUCCAAGAUCAGUCCAAUUCUAUUCACGAGAAGGAACAUUUCUGGGCGAUAAAAAGACGCUGGGGGACCAGAUUCAUGAGAUAACAGGGGUUCCCGUCUCGGCUCUCCGGGGAGCAUCUCUAUCAGAGUUCAGUGUCGAUGAACGGUUACGAUGGGCGAAGGACCGAAACACCCGGAAAAUAGAGGAUAAGGCUUAUUCCCUUCUUGGGAUUUUUAACGUCUACAUGCCACUUAUAUAUGGUGAGGGGGAACAUGCUUUUGUACGAUUGAAAGCAAAAAUCAACAAGUCUUCGAGGAAUUUGCGGAACCGGUAUGAAGCAACACUUGACUUGCUCAAAUGUGACGAGGAGACAACCAAAGGCCCCCGAGGUCAAUCUGCCACUGACACACCUCAACGAUUCCUAGACCUAUUUACUUCAUGUGUUGAGUCUUACCGGAGUGUCCAAGCGGUGCACGCAUCUGAGAAAGCUUUCAAGAUUCUAGAGACAAAAUUCAAGAACCAACAGGACCGCCUGAUUAUCUGGGGACAAGCCUGUGGUAUAAUAAACAACUACGAGUACCACACACGAGCCGCUGAGUCAAAGCCAAGGGAUCGGAUUGUAGAAACUUUGGAAUGUAUACGAAACCUCUUCUUGGAUGAAUCCGAGCUGUCUAGGAAUUAUGGCUUGAAGCGCAACACCCAGACCGCUAGCAGUCACCCAAAAUUUCUGAGACCAGCAAAAUGGGCUGUCUGCGAUAAGACUGGGUUCUCGCGUUUGGUGAAGGAUCUGAAAGACUUGAACGAUGACCUUGAGUCUCUGACUCGCUGGACAAGCGGACGGACAACUCAGCUGGUCUUGAUCGUGCAAACCCCGAAGCCCCCCAUGUGUUUACUGUGCGACCAAGGCUACUGUCAUCCUUUUCCUGGACACAAUGGCGCCAUGAGAGCGUCCAAAUACACUAUUAUUGCGAAUCUGCCAGCACCUGGGACUGGCGGGCCUAUCUUUGAUGACAAGCGCCUAGAACGAAUUUACUUUAGGAUGAUGGAGGACACAGGCAGCCUGGAAAAUUACACGACACUGGAGACAAUUCAAAUGCUAGGAAUGGCCGACAGAAUAGUAGUUUACAAUCAGUGUCGAGACAGGACUGUACCGAAAACCCCUCUGAAGGUCACUACGAUGGCUGGCCAACCCUAUCCUCUCGUUGGAGAGAUCAGCAUCAGAAUCCGCGGUCUAGACGAAAGCCGGUGGGUUGCCGAGGAAAUCAGAGUUGGUUUCAUCGUCAUCAGCUCGCCCAAUGAAGGUUCGUUUCCUUUCGUCCUCGGGGCAAAGUCUAUCCGUGACGCCGUGGAAAGAAGUCUAUAUUCCUUUGGCGAGGAAUGCAGCCAUUGA